UGACCCUAGAUCAGCCUUCAAGUGCACCGGAACCCAGCUGAUGAGGGAGCGCUGCGCUGCGCAGCAUUGUGUGAGCUGUAGCAUUGUCGGGAGGAGAAGAAGAGUGGCUGGAGAGUGCUAGUAUUGUGAUCGCUAUUGUUUGGACCUGUGUGAUUGUAGGUAGUUUCUGGCUUGACAUUAAUCCCUGUGUGCGUUCAAUAACAAGUGAGUAUUCGUCCAAGUACUCUGUGUAGCUGUAGUAAGUGUUCGCAUUUGUAAUUAGUUAAUAAUCGCCUUAUCGCGGCUGCAUUUUUUACCGCGAGUGCAACGUAGUUUGUGUAAUGGCGGACCUAGCUGUCCAGAUAGCGAUCACAAGUCAUGUGAAUAUUUGUAUAUUUAACCACACACAUACCCACACACUCAUAGCAAAUAUCCUGUUGUAUCAUUCCAUCAAUCCCACAAUAAAUCUUCAGUGACAAAGCUCUGGACUGUGCAUUCUAAUCGAUGCCCCUCAGUGGCCACCUCUACAGCUGAACUCAGUCAGUUAGCGAAUGUCCCACAGAACAUUUGGAGGCCCCAGCGAGAUUCCUUUUAUUGUGGUUACUGAGGAUUGCCAGAGAUGUCCCAAGACCAGCAAACACAUUAUUAUGCAGCGGGUGCCCGCCCACGACGCAUGACGCGGCAACCAGCCUGGAUGGAAGAAUAUGUAGUCUCCCUCCCAGAACAACAAGUGGCCUUCAGCCCCCCGGAUGCAGCUUACCUGUCCCCGCGUCAGCCACCCUGUCGUAGCCUGAAAGGAACACCGGAGAGACCCGCCAGGAUGACGCCUCUCGCCUCUUUACCAGUCGAGUAUGCUGAUUCGGAUGCUAAGCUUGGAGCAGUCACAAACCAUUGGCAUGUGUCGGAUGAGGCAGACCCCCUUUUUCAGAGCACGCCUAUUACACCACGGCCAAAGCAGGAUUCAGGAGCUACACCAGAAGUCCUUAAUGCUCUUCACCAACUGAUGGAGGAGAAUCAGAGAAUGCAAAGGCAGAUGCUGCAACUGCAGCGGCGACUUGACGAGAGAGCAUCACCGGUCCCGCAACCACACAUGGUCUCGCUUACCUAUUCUCAGCAAAUAGAGCAGGCAGCUUCCCUGCUACACCCAUUGCAGCAGCAUGAUGGCAUGGACCAGAUCCCACCACUGCCUCCACCUCCACCAGCAACAGCUGGAGAUAUGCCACCUCCGGGAGGUGACGGCAUCUGGCCAAAGCCACCACCUCCAGUAACAGAUGACCCACUGCCACCUCUGGGGCAAGAUGUGAUUACAGAACUCACAGAGCUGCUGAGGGACUUAAAGACAAAGCAACAGGUGCCACACCCAGAGCCACACCCCGUACCAAAGCCACGAACCCCCGACUACUGCCAGCCUCACGUACCAGCAGAGAGGGAGUCAGACUUCGGCAUCCAUCAGCGUGAGUUAGUCUACCGUGGUCCAAAACCCACUAUCCCUCUAUUUACUAAAGGGGACCCGAGGGAAUUUGCCAGGCUCAAGGUUGCCUUGGAGAAUCUGUUGCCAGAGGACGCCACAGAGCGCUUCAAGUACCAGAUUCUUGUCGACCACUUGAAGUAUGAGGAGGCCCUUCUCAUCGCAGAUUCGUACACAAGCUCCUCCUAUCCUUACACAGAGACAAUGGCAAGCCUUAUUGAGCAUUACGGGCAGCCACACCAACUUGCUCUCAAAAGGAUUGCAGACCUGAUGGAAGCCCCAAGUGUGGCACGGGGUGAUGUCAGUGGCUUCAAGCGGUUUGCACUGAAAGUCAGAGCAUUAGUGGGCAUGCUGGAUCAGCUGGGGGACAGUGGACAGACAGAGCUCCGCUGCGGAUCCCACGUCACCCGACUCCUCUCCAAGCUGUCUCCAGACAUGCGGGCAGAAUUCAAGAGGUUCUUGUAUCCCAUGCGCAUCACCAUCCCCAGCCUCCUGCACUUCUCUGAUUGGCUCAACUACGAGCUGAAGAUCCAGGAGACAGUGUAUGAGUCCCUGCAUCGCGAGGACAAGAACAGCGCGGGGUCCAAGCCCGAGCGACGUCGUGAUAGCAAAGGGGGAAAGAGCAUCAGUGUUCUGCUUGCUGCUGAUCAGCCCGAGAGUACCCCCACGGCAGCAAAGCUACCUGCUGGAGCCCAGCGAGCCAAUAGAACGGCGUACUGCCCCUAUUGCAACAAUAAUCAGCACUUUCUUGACCAAUGUGCUAACUUUUCACAGCUCACAGUGGACCAGAGAACAGCGUGGAUCAAGACGAACAGGAGAUGCUGGCGAUGCGGUCGCCUGCACCAAGCUGCUCAGUGCCGUCUGAAGAUGCUGUGUGAGAAAUGCAAAGGGAGACACCUGCAAGCAUUGCAUGAGGUGAAUGCCAAGCCUCAAACGGAGAACACUGCGUGCCUUGUUAGCACAACCAAUGAAAUCCUAUACCUUGAUCGGCGAUCAGGAUGCAGCCAAGUACUGCUGAAGGUCAGCAAGGUGCUGCUACGCAACGGUCCCCUGGCCAUUGAGACCUAUGCCAUCCUUGACGAUGGAUCCGAGCGGACCAUAAUCCUCCCGGAGGCAACACAAAGGCUCAAACUGAGAGGUGAAGCCGAAGACCUGGCUCUUCGGACCGUGCGGCAGGACCUUCAAGUGAUACACGGCGCCGCAGUGUCGUUCUCCCUCUCACCCACUGAUCAGCCAAAAAGGUCCUUCAAGAUAAACAGAGCAUUCACAGCGGACCAACUGGGACUGGCGGAGCACACCCACCCUGUGAAAGCCCUUCAGAGAAGGCAUAAACACUUACGAGGCCUUCCCCUCCAAGCAUUGAACAGGGUGCGCCCUCUACUGCUAAUCGGAUCUGACUACACUCAUCUCAUCACACCUGUGGAGCAGGUGCGCCUGGGUCCUCCAGGAGCUCCAGCUGCAGUGAAGACACGGCUUGGCUGGACCCUGCAGGGGCCAACCAAGCACAUCAAGCAGCAGUCCAUCACACAGCAGUGUCUGCAGCUCUCCACUCUCUCCCCGACGGCUGAGCUCCUUCACAGUGUGGAGAGACUGUGGCAAUUAGAUGUCCUUCCCUACAAGAAUGAGCGGCUAGUCACACGUUCCAGGCAGGACCAGGACGCUGUCCACCUGCUAGAGACAAAGACUGUUCGCGUCAAUGUCGACGGUAUCCAGCGCUAUGCCACUCCCCUUCUCAGAGUGAAGGACAUGCCACAACUUAAAGCACCUAAGGAGGCAGUACUAGCCAGUCUCCGCAGCACAGAGAGACGCCUGCGGAGAGACCCUGACAAAGCCGCGGCAUAUUGUGCGGAGAUAGACAAGCUGGAGAAAGCCGGUUAUGCCGUGAAGGUGCCAGAAGAGGAGCUGGAAGGGGCAGCUGAAUCCUGGUUCAUCCCACACCACAUGGUAACCCAUAACGGGAAGAACCGGAUCGUGUUUAACUGCUCCUAUGUGUACAAGGGAGACAAUCUUAAUGAGCUGCUGUUGCCAGGCCCCCCGCUGAGUGCAAGCUUAUUAGGAGUCCUCCUGCGCUUCAGGGAACACACAGUCGCGGUCAGCAGCGAUAUCCAAGGUAUGUUUCAUCAGGUGAGGUUGCUCCCUGAGGACAAGCCAUUGCUCCGCUUCUUGUGGCGAAACCUGAAGACAGAGAAACCACCCAGCAUGUAUGUAUGGCAAAUCCUUCCAUUUGGCACAACCUGCAGCCCCUGUUGUGCCACAUUUGCACUGCAGAAGCACGUGUUCAACCACAGCCAGCCAGGCGAGGAUGUCCGCGUAUCCAUAGAGCGGUCAUUCUAUGUAGACAACUGCCUGCAGAGCUUCUGCUCUGUUGAAGAAGCCCAACACCUGGUUGACAAGCUCAAGGCAUUGCUAGCGAUGGGUGGAUUUGUGCUGCGCCAGUGGGCCAGCAACAUGCCUGCGGUCAUCAGUCACCUCCCAAAGGAAGCCAGAUCGGAGAGCAAUGAGCUGUGGCUCACGGAGUCCGACACCGACCCUCAAGAACUGGCCCUGGGGCUUCGCUGGCUCUGUAGCUCGGACACCAUGGGGUACAAGUAUCGGAUACCGGAUCACCCCACACCUACUCUGCGAAACAUCUAUAGAGUCCUCGCCCGUCUGUAUGACCCUCUGGGCUUUAUUGUCCCUUUCACGACACGGGCCAAAGUCUUAGUACAGCGGUUGUGGGACAAACACAGAGACUGGGAUGACCCCUCCCUACCUGAUGAUGUGCUGCAACCCUGGUUGGCAUGGGAGGAGGAAUUGCAGGAUCUCUCCCACAUUUCACUGCCCCGCUGUUACGUCAGCCCAGGAAUGGACAGCCCCCGCUGUCAUCGAGACCUGCACAUCUUCGCAGAUGCUUCAGAGAAAGCCUAUGGCUCAGUAGCUUAUUUGCGAGCAGAGAGCCUAGAUGGCUAUGUGGAAGUGGCCUUCCUGUCAGCGAGGUCUAGAGUUGCGCCAAAGAAACAGCUGUCAAUGCCGAGACUUGAACUGUGUGCCGCACUAACUGCUGCUCAGUUAGCCUCACUGCUGCAGAGAGAGCUGACUGGGCCCAUCCGCAACAUCAUUCUAUGGACUGACUCCACUACAGUCCUCACAUGGCUCAAGUCUGACUCCUGUCGAUACAAGGUAUUUAUCGGCACCCGAGUUGCCGAAAUCCAGGAGCUUACUGAUGCCCAGGCCUGGAGGUAUGUGGACUCAGCCAACACCCCAGCUGACGACAUCACUCGGGGGAAGACGCUGCUAGAGCUGGCCAGUGACAGCAGGUGGAGGCAUGGGCCAGCCUUCCUGCAACAGGUAACAAACCUUUGGCCGGCACAGCCUGCGGCUGUAGUAGGAGAGGCCGAGGAUGUGGCGGAGCUGCGAAGGCCAACUGUCUGCUGCCUCACUACAUCAGUAACAACCUCACUGGGGCCUGAUACUGAUCAGUGCUCCUCCUUUGGGGAAUUGACUGAGGCUGUAGCUCGAGCCCUGCAUGGGGCAGCUGCAGACCAGGCAUGUCUGUCUGCUGAAGACUACAGGGAAGCUGAGAGAGAGGUGCUUAGAAGGGCCCAGCAGGACAGUUUCCCUGAGGAACUGGACCUACUGAGGGCUGGCAAGCCAGUGCCAGCCACCAGUAGGCUCCGCUGUCUUGCCCCAGAGUAUGAUGAGACAGUGCAGCUGAUUCGUGUUGGAGGGCGUCUUCGCCGCAGUGACCAGCUGGACCUAGAUGCCAUCCACCCAGUGGUCCUAGACCCCCGGCACAGAGUGUCUCAGCUCCUCAUCCAUGAUACCGACAGGAGCCUGCACCAUCCUGGAGCAGAACGGUUGUUUGCAGAGCUACGUCGCAAAUAUUGGAUUCUGCAGGGUCGCGAAGCAGUCAAGCGGCAUCAGCGUUCCUGCCCUGACUGUCAGAGGUGGAGAGCUAAUCCAUCUGUGCCAAGAAUGGCCGACCUGCCACCGGCGAGACUGCGGCUAAUGAAACCCCCCUUCUUCUCCACAGGUGUGGACUGUUUUGGGCCCUUGACAGUGCAGGUGGGCCGUCGUCAUGAGAAAAGAUGGGGCAUUCUGUUUAAGUGCCUAACAACACGAGCCGUGCACUUAGAUGUCCUGUCUGGACUCGACACCGACUGCUUCCUUAUGGCUCUUCGCAGAUUCAUUGCCCGAAGAGGAAAACCGGCUGAGCUCUUGUCGGACCAGGGGACAAAUUUUCGCGGAGGGGAACGAGAGCUGAAAGAUGCUUUCAAGGCAAUGCACCCCACCCUCCAGGAUCAUCUGGCCAAAUACCAGAUCCAGUUCCAGUUCAACCCACCAAAUGCACCACACUUCGGGGGCAUAUGGGAAAGAGAAGUAAGGUCGGUGAAGGCUGCCUUGUACGCCACCAUCCGGCCUCAGCCUAUCCCAGAGGAAGUCCUCCGGACAGUGCUAAUUGAGAUUGAGGGGAUUUUAAACUCCAAACCUCUCGGCUAUGUCUCCACAGAUGUGGCUGAUGUGGAUCCUGUGACCCCCAAUCUCCUCCUCAUGGGGCGGCCGGACCCAUCACUGCCACAGGCAGUCUACACUGACACAGAAAUGCUUAGCCGCCGCCGCUGGAGACACACCCAGGUGUUAGCAGACCAGUUCUGGACCCAUUUCAUCCGCCACUACCUUUCUACUCUUCAGCCACGCUCCAAGUGGCACAAAGAUACCUCCCAACUGAAACUAGGAACCAUCGUGAUGGUAGUGGAUCCCCAGCUCCCUCGGGCCCUGUGGCCACUUGGCCGGGUCACAGAGGUCAUCCCAGGGACAGAUGGAAGAGUCAGGACAGCUGUGGUCCAGGUCAAGGACAAGACCUAUACGAGGCCUGUGGCGCGCCUCAUCGCCCUCCCAGACAUCCCAGACAUGGACCCGAUCAGCCCUUUGUCAAGUGACAAAUUUGAUAGUACAAAUUUGGGGCGGCUGUAACAAAGGGCUGACCCUAGAUCAGCCUUCAAGUGCACCGGAACCCAGCUGAUGAGGGAGCGCUGCGCUGCGCAGCAUUGUGUGAGCUGUAGCAUUGUCGGGAGGAGAAGAAGAGUGGCUGGAGAGUGCUAGUAUUGUGAUCGCUAUUGUUUGGACCUGUGUGAUUGUAGGUAGUUUCUGGCUUGACAUUAAUCCCUGUGUGCGUUCAAUAACAAGUGAGUAUUCGUCCAAGUACUCUGUGUAGCUGUAGUAAGUGUUCGCAUUUGUAAUUAGUUAAUAAUCGCCUUAUCGCGGCUGCAUUUUUUACCGCGAGUGCAACGUAGUUUGUGUAAUGGCGGACCUAGCUGUCCAGAUAGCGAUCACAAGUCAUGUGAAUAUUUGUAUAUUUAACCACACACAUACCCACACACUCAUAGCAAAUAUCCUGUUGUAUCAUUCCAUCAAUCCCACAAUAAAUCUUCAGUGACAAAGCUCUGGACUGUGCAUUCUAAUCGAUGCCCCUCAGUGGCCACCUCUACAGCUGAACUCAGUCAGUUAGCG